UACGCAUAAGAUGAGAGUUGGCUUUCUUUGAUGAAUCGCUUUCAUUUUCGGAUAUAGAUCUCAAAGGAUUUCAUGCUUUCAUUUGAUUUUUUGCAUGUGCAUGUGCAUUUAGUCUUUAUUCAUUUGAUAUAGUCUAACUCGCUGCUCUUUGGUGUUGAUUUAACUGCCGAGGUAAUACACCUCAAUAAUUGUGAACGCAUUUGAGAUUCUCAGGAUAGGCUGAAACAUGUUCGUGAAGGAAAGCGAGACAGUUGAUUCAAGAUCAGAAAGGAUCGUCUUGGUCGGUCUAAGCUAAUUUGGUCUUUGCGGCUGAAAGUUGCUCUUGAUACAGCUAGGUGAGCUUAUUAAGUUUUAUCCUAUGGUGUCCAUGAAUACCCAUCUGAUUUUGACUUGCUUGUGUAUAUUGGAUGUUGUUUCUCUG